CCCUCCGGGAUGGGAAAUGGUCGCAUCACCCGCGAAACGUCAGUUUGUUGUGGACCGGCUGGCUAGUGCAGAAGCUAGCUAGCUACUGAUGGCUACAAAGAGCUGUUUCAGGCCCCAGAAGCGAGAUGAAAACGGGCCGAAGACGCAAGUCCAGCUCCCCAGAGCCUCAAACUGUUCCAUCAAAAGUUGUCCGGAGGGAUUCUGUCUCUGGAUCCCAUGGUGGCUGCAAACUGACACUCAGUCCAGAAAAGAAGAUCUCCACUCCUAACAAGAGAAAGGCCCUGAACUCUUCUUCUCCUAGAAGGCAUUCUCCUAGAUUUAAAUGCCAUGUUCAGACACAAGAUAAUUCAGAGAGGAAAAAUGACAGUGUGCAGUCGUCCAGCAGUCCUGAGUCAGCUGCCUUUCACUCAGAAGAGGACACAGAGCUGGGACUGGUCAUCACACUAGAUGAAGAGAAAGGUGAGAAACAGGACCAGCUAAGGAGAAAAACAGGUGGAAAAAUGAAGAAAGGAAUACUAACAAAUAAUGAUAGAUCAAUGCCAGAUAAAGAGGGGACAGCUGAAGGAACUGAUCAGGAGGAGGACAGUGAAGCAGAGUUCAGAAAACUGGACCGAGAUUUAGCCAUCAAGUCCAAACAACACAACCUGACCUCUGUCAACGUGCGCAACAUUAUUCAUGAGGUGAUCACUAAUGAACACGUAGUGGCCAUGAUGAAAGCAGCCAUUAGAGAGACGCAGGACAUGCCCAUGUUUGAGCCCAAGAUGACUCGUUCAAAGCUCAAAGAGGUUGUUGAGAAAGGCGUGGGAAUACCCACCUGGAACAUUUCACCCAUCAAGAAAUCAAAUGAAAUAAAGCCUCCUCAAUUUGUAGACAUUCCUCUUGAGGAUGAAGAAGACUCUUCAGACGAAGAGUAUCAUCCUGAUGAGGAUGAAGAGGAUGAGACUGCAGAGGAGACUAUUCUGGAGAGUGACAUGGACAGCAUAGCAUCGUCACCACGCAUCAGUAGACGAGGUCGCUCUUGCACACCCAUAGAGCUCUCCGAGUGCGAUGAAGAAAGGAGCAGUAGUCCACGACCGAAGCCCAGGCCAUCAAGGCAUCUGAGAGUAGAAGUGGUGCCUAUGGGCCCUCCUGCUCCUCCCUCUCAGUCCUGCGGCUCCUCCCGGCCCCCUAAGGCCUUUGACUCUUUUAUGGAGAAAUUGGAUGCUGUGGAUCAGGAGUUGGAGCUCAACCCCCUCUGCAUGGAGCCUUACCAGGUACAUGGACAGACUCUGAGCAGUAGUGAAAGUGCAGAGGAAAGCCUGGUGGCAUGCCGUACACGUUCAAAGCGCCCAUUGAGGGACGUCCCGCUGGACCAGCUGGAGGCAGAACUGCGCGCUCCUGACAUCACGCCAGACAUGUAUGACUGCGUCUCUGCGCUGGAGGACAGAGAGUGGAGCCAGUGGCUACAGGGCCUAAUGACCUCACAACUGGACAAUGAAGAGGAGGGUGAUGAUGACGAUGAUCCCGAGUAUAACUUCCUUGAUGAUCUUGAUGAGCCAGAUUUGGAGGACUACCGUAAUGAUCGAGCAGUUCGCAUUACCAAGAAGGAAGUUAAUGAGCUUUUGGAGGAACUGUUUGAAACUUUCCAGGAUGAAUUGGGAGCCAAUGAGCAGGAUGACGAGGGCCAUGAGGAAGACGAGGAGCGGGACGAAGAGAUAUCGCCACAGAGCGCUGCUAAAUUCAAUGUCCCGCAAGCUAUUCGGUUUGAGGAGCCUCUGGCCCACAUGUUGACCACGUGUAGGCGUACAGUCCGAGAGCAGCUAGACGCUCUCCAGCAGCGGAGAGAACAGCAGAACCGUCCCAGCUUGAGCACACCAGGGCCCACCAUGGUGCUCAUCCCGCCCCCCUGCACAUUGGUGGUAACGCCCACCCAGAAACGACAGCUGCAGCAGCAGAUCCAGCAGCAUGUCCAACUCCUGACCCAGGUGAAUAUGCUGUGUAGCCCCGUGGAGGCACUGCAGAGCCAGGCCAGCACCACCAGACUAUUCCUGACCGAGUUGCAGUCAUUUGCAGAGCGUGCAGAGCAAGUGAGAGCAAUGGUUCACCCCAGGUUCAGGAGUUCAUUCAGGGUGUGUAACCUGCAGCCAUCUCUGAACUUGCUAGAAGAGCUGAAGCACACUCCCUCUCCUUCAGUCAAAGCCACACGAUCACAUGCUGUUCAUUCCUAUCCGUUGCUCCCAGCACACCUGGCCUGGCUUUUUGCCACUCGAUCUGUGUUCCUCUACCCAGAGUUAUUACCCCACUGCAGCCUGGACCCAGCUCUGCAACCCCCACGCAGCAAGAACUUCUACACCAAGGGAGAAGAUGGUCUAAUUGUUCUGGGUCUGAAGCACUUUAGUGAGACAGAGUUCCCCUACCAUCUAAUGAGCCAGUAUCUCAUUUUGCCUAAGAAGCUGGAGCAGCUGCGGGUUCGUGUGAAGGACAUGUGCUCAAGCAGGGCUGCAGACAAUAUCAUCAAGUAUUACUGCCAAAACCGCAUUGUUCCUCCUCUACCAGUGGCCUGCUCUCCAGUUGUCCCUGGAGAGGAGCGCUCCCCUGUGGAGAGAGAGAAGAACAUCAUGCCCAAUUGGCUUCGGAAAAGCUUGCCACACAUCCAUAAAGCAGUGUUUGGGAGCCAGUCAGAAGAGAGAACACAGUCUGAUAGUAAGGCAACUAACACUUCACCUCCCCUCAUCUUUCCAGAAAGAACACAGUACCCUCGAUACAUCCCUAAAGGUUUGACUCUCCUACUACAUCCCUCGGCCAGGCGCCAAAGUUCUGCUCGACCGCCAAAACCUCGCCCUCUGCAUGGUUUUGCACAGCCUGCUCUUACACCAUUGGCUAAAGCCCCUCCUUGUGCUACAGGCACAGUUAAUUUAUUGCCAAAAGUCCCAGCACCUCUUCCCUCUCAAGGGGUAAUUCUGUUGACCCAGACCCCUUGCAUCCCGGUAAAUGGGGCUCUCCCAGUGAGCCAGGUAACCUCCACACCUGCUCAUGGAACGGUGCCAUUAAGCAGUGUUGGUCCUGCUAACUUUCAGUAUGUUGUUCCACAGCAAGGUUGUGUUAACCCUGCAGAGCCUCCUGCUAGUUUGCCUCCUGCUAUAGUCCAGAUACCCUCAACUCCAGCUGUAUCCUGUAGCGCCCCUGUCUCCAGUAACAGGGUAGUUACCACGUGUGUUAUACAGUCUGUGCCACUGAAAACAGAGAUGCCUAAGAAACGAUUUGUGCCUAGAAAGUUGCUUCCUAUCCAGCCCUCUCCAUUAAAUCAAGGCCCUCAGCUGACACAGCUUAUACCCCUCACUCCUGGUGCAGAAGUGAGUGUGAAUCUGGCUGCCACCGCACCAGUUGUGGAACAGGGCACUGCAAAUUUUGCUGAAAACAUUGAAAGUGCAGCUCCAUCUGUGGUCAUCAUCCAGCCUUCCUCAUUACUGGGUGCUGCUGCUGUCCAUCCACAAGUUACCGCACAGGGAUGGGUGAAGUCUUCCAACAGCCCUCCUCAAGAUUUAACCACUCAACCCGUCAGCAGCCUCCCUCACGUAGGAACACUGGCCAGGCCAUUGUUGCCUAGCAACAGUGUCGGAAUCCCAAGCGUAGACUGUCCUAAGGAACUUGCUGAGAGUGAGUUUAAAUUGAAGUCUGGUCCUGUUCUUUUCUCACAUACUCCUCCCCCUCUAGAAGCUGUUGAAAACCUCAAAUCAAGCCCUGCAGUGCCAACCCUGGACCAGCAGGAACACUCCUCGCACAGUCCUGCCUUGAACAACAUAAAGGGUGAACUUGCAUGUGAUGUUCCAGUGACGGAUCACCAAAGUGCCUCCUCACUGAACACUCUAGAUAACCUAAGCACUACAAAUCUCAUCUCUAGUUCACUACUGCCUCAGAACAGUUGCAGUGGAGCUACAUCACCAGCUACUGGCCUUCACAACCUGUCCAGAUUGACUGGUCUACCAGGUGAUAAUUCCCAGUAUGUGCUGGUUCAGGCAGCUUCACAGGAAGGCACACCACAGUUCCUUCUUGUGCCCAAAAGCAGUCUGAUCCCAAAGCAUCCAGUGCUGCAUGCUGCUGAGGGAGAAAGCAGAGUGCCUCAGCAACACACUACGCUAUCUAAAUCCAAGACUUUUCACACCUCAAGUCAGCCAAAUGUUAGUGAAGGUCGUUUGUCACUCAGUGUUGGGCUGCCUUCAGGAGGUGCUGUGGUCCAUGUCACGGCUCCGCCAUGCACGGACAGUGGUGGUAGUGAGGUGUGGAAAGAGGAGAUGGAGUUGGGAGCAGAGGUAGGUGGAGAGGAGAUGGCAGGGGCCCUUUUUGGAAGCCCCCUUCUUACACUGUCAGAGUCCUCCUGUAGCCCACACUCCUGUCUCAACAGCAGUAAUGUGGACAGAAGCUCAGAGAACAUAACUGAGGACACCAGGGGCAGCCCUAGACCUGAAGAACAGAGACAAGACAGAGAUGAACCUGGCAGCUACUUUGGUAAAAACAUUAAGGAGAAGGACUGUAACAAAAUACCAGGGUUGCUGGCUUUCACUUCAGGAGCCGAGAACCAGGAACCAUCCGGAGGAGGGCAGGGACAAAGCGAGGCAAACAGAAGAGAAGGGGAUGAGGGAGAGGGGCAGCAGAAUGGAGAGCGUAGAGGAGGUGAAGAAAGAGGUGGAAAUGAAGGAGAGAAGAGAGGAGAUGGAGGAGGUGGUGGAGAAGGAGAUAGUGAUGGAGGGAGGCAGGGGAAUGGAGGAGGAGAUAAGAAUGAUGAAGAAAAGGAUGGAGAUGGAGAACGUGAAGAGGAAGAGGAGGACUUUGAUGAGCUCACGCAAGAUGAAGAUGAAGAGGAAGUGAUGUCAUCGGCAUCAGAGGAAUCUGUCCUCUCAGUGCCUGAACUGCAGGAGACAAUGGAAAAGUUGACGUGGUUGGCAUCGGAGCGAAGACUGUGCGGGGAAGGAGAUUCAGAAGAGGACAACUCUCCAAACUCGCCCACUUCACCAACUUCCCCCACCUCCCCUAUCUCUCAAAACUCCCAGGAGGAGAACUCUGAAGAUGAGGAGGAUGGGGCAAUGAAAGGUGAGGAGCUGGAACCCACAGAAGGAGAUGGAGGAAAACUGCCUGAAGGAGACGUGCCGCAGGGCGACGACCCUCCACAGACCAGUGGGAAAGGAGCUGGACGUGGGAGAGGUCGUGGUCGGCCUCCACCCCGUAGUCUAAAGCGGAGCAGGCGGCAAGAACGAGGCAGCAAGGAUACCUCUAAACUUCUCCUCCUUUAUGAUGACCACAUCCUGGAUAAUGAUCCACUGAGGGAGAGCAAGGACAUUGCCUUUGCACAGGCCUACCUCAACAGGGUGCGGGAGGCUAUGCAGGAUUCCCCUGGUAAAAUGGAGGAGUUUUUGAGUCUGCUGUAUGAGUUUGAGCAAGGAGGGGAGAGCCGUAGUGCAGUGGAACUUUUCUCUCAGCUAAAACCUCUCCUCAAAGACUGGCCUGAGCUACUGAGUGACUUUGCAGCUUUCCUCCUCCCAGAGCAGGCUCUGGAGUGUGGACUGUUUGAGGAACAGCAGGCAUUUGAGCGAAGCAGGAGGUUCCUGAGGCAGCUGGAGAUCAGUUUUGGUGAGAAUCCCUCUCAUUACCAGAAGAUUGUAAGAGCGCUGCAGACCGGGUCAGCCCUCACACCUGCAGGCAUAGAGGAGCUGAAGGCACAGAUGGCCACCCUCCUUAAAGGUCAUACACACCUGCAGGGAGAAUUCUCUAUAUUUUUUGAUGAUCUCCGUCCACCCCCAGCACGCCCAGGGCAGUUUGAGGAAGCAGUGUGGCCUGAGGAAGCAGGGAGCGGGCCGGAGGGAGGAGAUGGAGGUGUGAGCUUGGCAAGUGGUGGAGGGGUGAGUGGUGGGUUUGAGGAAGUCACACUCCCUGAUUUGGAAGAAGAAGAGGAAACACACAAGAUACCACAGAUGACAGGCAGGAACAGGAGAAGGAAAGAGCUGGGCACGCACAGGAACUACAAGCAGGACUGUGAUUGGCCAGAGAAGGACUGCCCCUGCCACUGCCACGACUCCAGUCAUGAAGCUAAGCAUCGGCGACAUAAGAGGAAAGGCUGCCCACGCUGCCAUGGCAACAAGGGCACUGAAGGCUCCAAGGCACUAAAGAGUGGUGAUCCCUCAUUCCCUACAGCAGACCCUCUACCUGAGAGAGGGGAAGAAAGGGAAGAGUUUGAAAGAGGAGCAGAAGAGAGAGAGGAAGAGAAAGAGACAGAAACAGAAACAGGGGUUAAAGAUGAGUCUGGCAGUGGGGCAAACAGUCCACAUCAUGAGCCAGAGGGACAAGCAUGGGAGGGCAGUGAAGGAGACCCUCCUCCCAACCCUGAUGAGAGAGAUGAUGAAGAGGAGGAUGAGGAGGAGGAGUGGAAGGAGGGAGACAGGGAGCACUGUUCUUCUUCCUCUAAGCUCAGCAGGGAUGAAGGGACAGCAGCUGAACACCCUGAUCCUUCUCCUCUUCCUCAGUCAGGAGAGAGAGAGAUGAUGCAACAGAGUCGACAGAGCCCGUCCUCUGACAUGCCUGUCUGUGCUAAGAACAUCUCCCUCACACCCAGUGGAGAGAAGGUUGUCCUUUGGACCAGAGAGGCUGAUAGAGUCAUUCUAACUGCCUGUCAACAGCAAGGGGCCAAUCAGAGCACCUUUCAAGCUGUGUCAGCACAGCUUGGCAACAAAACUGCCACUGAGGUUUCCAAGAGGUUUCGGGACCUGAUGCGUCUGUUCCACACCUCAGCUCGUCAGGCCAGUUCGGAGGAUGAGGGCACUGAACAGCAAUCAGCCACUGAUGAGGAGCAGGACUGACAUGAUCACAGGCUGAGAUACACCUUCAUCUUUACAGAUUAACCAUGGAAACAUGACAAGGACCAUGGGUCCAUGUCUUGCUGAUGUAUAAUAUGAAUUCGUCGAACAUAACCUGCUUUCAGGAUAUCCCUCUGUGACAUGAAAACAGGUUUUAUGGGAAGCCUGGACAUGCAGAGCUACAAAAAUAGAACAAGUUCAUCACCAGCAAACUAAACAAGAUUGGCAGCUGCUUGCUCCAAGAGAUUGGAGAGACUUUGCAAAGGACAAAAUAACUGUAUGGUCUUGCAAGGGUACUUUUUGAAUGUGCUACUGCACAAGGCCAGCUUGGACUCUUGCGGUACUUGUGUAAUUGUGGACAGGUGAAUUGUAUAUAUUUGACUUAAAAAGGGGGCAAGUCCCUGAUAUGUACAGUAUUUUUAUAUCUAGAUUUGUUUUCACUUUUUCUUGUAUGGUUUACUGUAUGUUUCCUGUACAUUUUGGUGAGAGAAAAACUUGCUUAAGAAAAAUGAUCUGGAUGGCAAGCACUGAAUAAAAGUCUCCUUUGUAUUUAUA